AUGGUAGUUUCCAUGUUGAAAUUGUUUACUCUUCGGAGGCUGUCAUGGAUCUCCAGUAGUGGUGGUCAGGAAAAGGUUUUGCUAACUGCUGCUGAAGUAGAGUCUCUUCGAUCAGAACUUGCUGAUAUAGAAGAGAGGGAAGCUCAAUUGAAAGCUCGGUUGGAAAAUAUUGAUGAAACCUUGCGGUCAGCUCGUCUAUCUGGCUAUUUGUACAUUCGAAAAAGAUGGGCUACACUUCCAGGAGAACCUCUACCUCUAGAUGAUACUGACAUAGAUGAUUGGCUUCCUCGCUUUGUUGUUCUUCAUGGUGCAUGUCUAUACUUGUAUUUAUUGUGUACAGAUCUAAGUCCUCAUGACUCAACGCUUCUAUCUGAUAUUGUUGAAGUAGACCAACUACCGAGUUUUAAGCGGGAAGAUGAUGAGACACGACACGCCUUUUAUAUUUUAACUCGUCACGGUUUACGAUAUGAAUGCUCAAGCAGUUCUAAAAUACAGGUGGACUCGUGGUUAUCAGCUUUACACUCUGAUUGCAAAUUGGAAUCUGAUACAUCAACGCCCAAUGUUCCAAUAGAUUUGUAA